AUGCUUCAAUUUCGCCCACUGCGCCCGCCGGUUCAGAUGACUGCUGGAAUCAGGUGCACCAUCUGUAAUGAAGAAGCUGGAUUACUCCUGCCUCGCUGGCGUCUGUGUCCGCUUUGUCACACGUGGGUUUGCGCAGCUCACGUCGAACAGCAGCCGACCCGCGUCUGUUCGCGCUGCCCAAGCCAGCUGCUGGACUACGUUGGAGGCAGCAGGAGAGCUGACGAGGGUGACUCGCAGUCGUCCUUCAAUGCUCGCCUGGAUGCAGAACUGGCGGAGAUGGACGUGGCAGAGUCACCCGAGGACAGGGCAGAGCAGAAGCGUGAUUCAUUGGCGCUGGCACUGACUGAGAAUGCUUCGGAACAUCAGAAUGAUCUAGCCUUGGCGAGUGUUGCGGAAGCUGCAACCGGCCUGCCUGCGGAGGCUAUCGGUUUUGCCAAAAAAAGGCGCCUCAUGCCUGGAGCCUCCACCUCUAGCCAAGAAUUUCAGGAUUUAUUCGAUCUCACAGUCGCGGCGUGUUCGUCGUCCUUGACUGCAUGUCCUACUGUAGACGAGCACCAACCAGUGGCGUCCGUCAGAGAGCAGGCCAAGAAACAAAUUGCAUAUGUUCGUCUCAGGCAGUCGACAUGGCCGGAGGACAUGGUACGUUUGACGGCUGCUGCUAUCAAUGUGUAUAGAACUCGCCUCACUGACAUUUUCGUUCGAGAUUUUGUUGGUCUCGUUUGGAUUAUUGAAGGCGACAGGUACAUUCGUGCCCAUCGUGGUGUAUGUUUCUUAUACCACAGCGACGGCUCUUUCGAUCCCUACAGCGGCGUUCCGCCGGAAUCCACUUUUUACAGGCUGAAGAAAACUCUCCUGAGAUUAGAGGGCUUGUUUCGACUCAUGUCUCCAGCCACAGAGCGGUCGGACUCUGCAAUCGUCCGGGAGGUCGCCAGAGUGGUGUCAGUCUACAACAGCGUCGCGGAGUUUAUGGCACUUUGCGAAGACACAGCCGUGAUGGCAGAUACCUUGGGGACUCGCCGCAAGUCACGCCACGGAGAAGAAGGAAAUCCGUCCCCUCACGCAGGACGACUACUUCACUUCGUCAUCCAAUGGUGCGAUUCGCCUUCGAACAGAGCAAGUGGAUGUGCCUACCAGGACAUUUCGGUGCUUUAUGAUGUCACACCAGAAGAACACGUGCAGCUUGUGAAGCCGUCACCGAAGAACAACAUCUACGUCAGAAUUCCCCAUGCUCUACAAGCGUCAUUGCCAGAUCCUGUAUUGAAGAAUGCCAGGUCUAGACUUCAGAAACUUUUGAAGGAGACCUUCUGGAGCAAUCAAGAGUAUUACAAGGCGACUCUCGCUGCAAUCGCCCUUGCAAAACGUGGAGAAAAUAUCGAUCGCUGCUUCAUUGGUGAAUCCUCAGGCGGCACUGGUCAAUCGCUGUUCAGCAGCCAUUUGGCGGCGGUGUACGGGCAUAACCACGCGUUUAUUGACCCGAAUCUCUUUCAUAAUGAGGAGGAAAUGAGAAAGCAACUUGAGCAAUUUACUCAUUGUUGGAUAAUUACAGCGCAGGAGGCUCCGGAAACCCAUCGGCAUUUUCAACAAGAUCUCUACAAGAAGUUUAUGUCCGCUGAUGACUUGGCAGGUAGGAAACCGUACGGCUUUGUGACGAAGAUGUUGCGCGUCACCGGCUUCAAACGGUUUGAAACCAACAAGAUCAUGACUUUCCGCAACGUCAUGGAAACCAAUUUCAAUUCCAUUUACCGGCGCUGUCUCGUGUGGAACCCCAAGCCGAUCUUCGUCGAAACACCGACUUCAAUGCAGCGUGCCCGGACCCGGAAGCCGAUGGUAUUUUUGUCAAAGAUCCUUCUCUGCGUAAUUUUCUGGAGAGUGGCCCUGCCAUUGCAGCCGCAUUGGAACAACAACAUGGUUUCGAGUCGCAUUACUCCCGGCAGGCAUGUUUUCAGAUGA